UCCGUCACCUGAGGGUUACAAACACGACUCGAGUAGACGCUAAACAGAAAUACACACGUCUAUAUAAUGUAGCAGGAGCGAACCGACGUCCUGGCUGAGGUGAAAUUAGAUAAGACGGGGAGUUACAGUUAGUAGUUAGCGCCUGACGUGACGCACGUCGUCGACGAAGACGUGCGGACCGUCACCGACUGAGUGGGGAAUAGCGAACUGACGAUCAUCUGGAUCCAGCACGAGGGGUUCUGGGUGUCGGGUGCCGUCACUCAUGAGUCCGAAGUGGGGACGCACGGACCUGCCCAGACACAAGGACGCCCGCAAACACAGACACAGACACAGGCGCGCGCGCGCGCGUGCACUUUGAUGGAGUUCGGUCCGCUCGCUUGCGGUUUCGAGCUGAGAGAGAAGAAGCGCUGCUUGUAGACUUGGUCUUGGCGACGACAUCAUCAUCAUCAUGUACGACUGCGUGGACGUGCUCGCGGUGAGCCCCGGACACCUGGGCGGACACAUGCUGGACCUGUUCGGCGCCAGUCACCCCGCGUGCAUGGAGCUGGAGCGCGAGCUGGAGCGCGAACGGGAGCGGGAGCGCGAGCGGGAGCGGGCGCUGCAGGCGUGUCUCGGCGGGCUCGCGCACACACACUGCCCGCGCCGCCGGAGCCUCCACUCUGUGGAAACGCAGAGCACGAGCUCCGAGGAGUUGGUGCCGAGCCCCCCGUCCCCCCUGCCUCCGCCCCGCAUCUACAAGCCAUGCUUCGUGUGUCAGGACAAGUCGUCGGGGUACCACUAUGGGGUCAGCGCAUGCGAAGGCUGCAAGGGUUUUUUCCGCAGGAGCGUCCAGAAGAACAUGGUGUACACAUGUCACAGGGACAAGAACUGCAUCAUCAACAAGGUGACCAGGAACCGGUGCCAGCACUGUCGCCUCCAGAGGUGCUUCUCGGUGGGCAUGUGCAAAGAGUCUGUGCGGAAUGACAGGAACAAGAAGAAGAAGGAGAUCACGAAGCAGGUGACUGAGAGCAGCGAGCUGUCUGCCGAGCUGGAGGUCACCGUCGACAAGAUCCGCAAGGCCCAUCAGGAGACCUUUCCUUCCCUGUGCCAGCUGGGCAAGUAUACCACGAACUCGAGUGCGGACCACCGCGUGCGGCUCGACCUCGGCCUGUGGGACAAAUUCAGCGAACUGGCCACUAAGUGCAUCAUCAAGAUCGUCGAGUUUGCAAAGCGAGUGCCGGGCUUCGCGGGACUCACCAUCGCUGACCAGAUCACCCUGCUCAAAGCGGCCUGUCUGGACAUACUCAUCCUGAGGAUCUGUUCGAGGUACACGCCUGACCAGGACACCAUGACAUUCUCAGAUGGCCUGACGCUGAACCGCACGCAGAUGCACAAUGCCGGGUUCGGGCCGCUCACGGACCUGGUGUUCACCUUCGCCAGCCAACUGCUGCCCUUGGACAUGGACGACACGGAGAGAGGGCUGCUGAGCGCCAUAUGCCUCAUCUCGGGAGAUCGCCAGGACUUAGAGGAGCCCACCAAGGUAGACAAGCUGCAAGAGCCCCUGCUGGAGGCGCUGAAGAUCUACAUCCGCAAACGAAGGCCCAGCAAGCCGCACAUGUUCCCCAAGAUCCUCAUGAAGAUCACAGACCUGCGCAGCAUCAGUGCUAAAGGUGCUGAGCGUGUCAUCAGCCUGAAGAUGGAGCUGCCGGGGGCCAUGCCGCCACUCAUCCAGGAGAUGCUGGAGAACUCCGAGGCUCCGGAGGAGCAGGGCUCCGAGGAGGGAAGUCCGGACAGCAGCGGCAGCACGAGGGCCUGGACCUCCUCGCCAGAGUCCACAGACUGCAGCGUACACCCUGACUGAGGACCUGCAGGGUCUGCACCCCCAUCCCCCCAACCGAACCACCCCCACUGAAACAUUCCUUUGCCCGGUCGAGAGAACACCAGGCUGAGACCUCUGCCUGCGGCCUCCUCCUCUUCUUCCCUUGGCUUCGUAUUAGGCGGCAAGGCCUUGAAGGACCGCUGCUUUGUGUGUAACUGUUCCAUCCUGGACACGUGUGCAAGGGGGGAGAGCGUCACGUCUCCUCCGGGCUCAGAACAAAGCUGCAUGAUGGCUGAGCUCAGCAGACCAAGACAAACUGUCCUUCCCCUCAGCAAAUCUCAUACACACCACUGUAUGGGUCAGUAUUUUACUCUUUUCUACAAUGACUGUGGUGCUUUUCAUCUUCUAAAAUAUAAUAUUUAAAGGCAACAGUUCUAGAUAAAGCUUGCUUCUGAGCUCUAAAUAGUUCUUUAGAAAGUUCCUGCAUAUAGUUAGCAUGGAAGAUUUGGGAUUUAUUAAAUCUUCCUAUAUUUACAUGUUUUCUAAGCGUCCGUGUUCUUAUGCCAUCACAGCAAGGAGCUCUUGGAUUGUUGUCGAUAUUGAUAUCGAUGAAAUCUAUUUCAGCCUUAACCCUGACAUUGGUAGGAACUCCAUCCUGAAGACGACAUUAGUUAGUUAAUUAUUAAUAUCUAGUUUUCACAACACAAGUGAAAUUCAAAGGUACUGCUU